UUGGGCAUCCCCAAUUCCGCUCACGGGAUUCGAACCCAGGACCUUCAGUUUCGUGCGCAAGCACUUAUAUAUAUAUAUAUAUAUAUAUAUAUAUAUAUAUAUAUAUAUAUAUAUAUAUAUAUAUAUAUAUAUAUAUAAUAUAUGUGUACAUACAAUAUGAGUAUAUUAUUCUAUCCAUCAUUCUUUGAUAUACAUUUCUUUUCUUUUGUAGACACUAUUACUACACCAGAUAACCUUUCUCAGUGUUUAUAUUUCCACAAUAACUUUAAUCAUUAUUCAAACUUUCCCAACUGUUUAUUGAAUAAUUUAAAAUUGGACUCAUGUACAACGAGUCAAAUCUAUUGUAAUGAUAGUGGUUAUGAAAGUAUUGAUAGUUUGAAUAGAGUGAAUCAGUCUAAACAAAAAAUUUCCAAAUUAAAAUUCUCAAUCGAUUCUAUCUUAUCACAAUCACCAUCAAUGUCAUCAUCACCAUCAUCGUUGCCAUUAAUCAAUAAUUCUAAUAUGAGUAGUAUAUUUUUUAAAAAUAAUGAAAAUUCUACACCAUUAAUUAAAACAAAUAGAACAAUUGAAUGUUUUAAUCAAUAUAAUGAACAGAAUAAUCAAUUGAGUAUGAUUGAAAAUCAAUAUUUUCUUGAUAAUGAACAAUUAUACCCAAUGGAUUUAUCCAUUUUUAAUUGUAAAUCAUCAUUAAUGAUGAAACAAUCAAUAAAAAAUGUGAUAAAAACAACUAAUGAACAAUAUAAUUGUCGAUAUUGUGGAAAAUCGUAUUCACUGAAAUCGUCAAUAAGAUUACAUGAAGCAACGCAUACAUUACCAUUUCAUUGUCAAGAUUGUGGUAAACGUUUUUCACGUCCAUGGCUUCGUGAUAUACAUUAUAGAACGCAUACAGGUGAAAAACCAUAUGAAUGUAUUAUAUGUGGCCGACGUUUUGCUGAUCGUUCAAAUAUGCGCGCACAUCAACGUGUUCAUAAAGAACGAGAAUAA